GCUGUAAGGUCAGUAAUCGUGCACCGGUCCCUGAGAUGAUGAAACAGGACUUGGCUGCGAAUGACUGGAGCAAAGACGCUGCCAUUCCCCAAAACCCACUCAACCCCCUGAACACAUCUCCACCAUGCCACCCGUCCACCACUUCGUCUCCUUCAAAUACAAACCCACCCUCGCCUCUCCAGAAAUAUCAGCCUCUGUCCGGCACUUCACGUCGCUGAACACCUCCGUCACUCGCCCGGACGGCACGCCGCUGAUCAGAAGCUUCAUCCGCGGCGAGAACUCCAGUCCCGAGGGCUUACACCAAGGCCACACCCAUGGAUUCCUCCUAGUGUUCGCGUCCACCGACGACCGGGACACGUACCUCGCGCAUCCGGCACACGUCAAGUUUGCCACAGAAGUGAAGGGGAUGGUUGACGGCGUAUAUGUUUUUGAUAUCAAUCAGGAAGAGGCGUUUGUGGAUGGGGCGGUGGUGAAGGCGUAGUUUGGUGCGUUUGGUGGGGGUCUGAGACUGAUGCGAUGCUUGUGUACAUAUAUCCCGACGCGGGCGGGCUGCUCUUGCGGGCAUUUUUCGAGGGGAGGAACGAUAGUCUUUGAAAAGGCUGUGCGUGUUUUUGGAAUUCACCGUAACUUGUGACCCAGCCGAUGCGACGGGCGAUGAGGGCAUUCGUUUCAGUUGAGCUCCUUUUUCGUGAAGGCGUAGCGAACAUGAGCGCGUGAACUCGAGGUGCGAGAACGCGUAAGCCCACGGCCCCGGCCAGGGCACGAUGGAUUAUGUAGGAUAGCGGAAUGGAUCGGGAAACGAGACUCAACUGGCGCAUUCCAUGUUUCCACCAUGUUUUGUGUGAUGUGAAUUUGAAGAAGAAUCAUGGCAGACUUUGAAAAGGCAAC